UCCAUAAUCUCUCAGUAAUAGCUGCAGCGCCAUAUCAGAGUCCCCUCACUCUCUCUUGCAAUAUCUUUGUAGUCUCAGGACAAAAGCUCAAGAGUUUUGUUUUACUGAAAAUCAAAUCUGUUGACUGAAAUGAUGCAGAGAUGGCAUAGAAAAAAAUCCCAUUUUCCUUUAGUAGCAUUUAUUUUUCUUGGUAUUAUUGUUUGCUCAAUUCUUUACAAUGAAAGUAGCAUUCAGCGGGUCCACGAAGAAGGCCCAUCAAACCAAGGUCCUGACCAACAACAUGCCGCCACAGUAACUUACGUUAAGCCAAAUCUUGGUAGCCACUCAAAUCUUGCACCUGUGCUUUUGGAUAGGUUUAGUAGAUGUAACUCAACUAGUGAGUACAGUGGCAAGAGGAUCGGAUGGGGUGGCUCGAAAGUGGAAAGGGGGAGGAGAAAGAGCUUGGAAAGUUGUGAUGUUUUUGCAGGCAAAUGGGUAUUUGAUAGUGAGUCAUAUCCGCUUUACAAUGAGUCUGAUUGUCCUUACAUGUCUGAUCAAUUGGCGUGUCAUAAGCAUGGAAGGUCUGAUUUGGGGUAUCAGCAUUGGAGGUGGCAACCUCAUGAUUGCAACUUGAAGAGAUGGAAUGUGACCGAAAUGUGGGAGAAGUUGAGAGGGAAGAGACUAAUGUUUGUGGGGGAUUCGCUAAAUAGAGGGCAGUGGAUAUCAAUGGUGUGUUUGUUACAGUCAGUAAUUCCAGCAGAUAAGAGAUCCAUGUCACCAAAUGCCGCUCUUACCAUUUUCAGGGCAGAGGAAUACAAUGCCACUAUCGAAUUUCUCUGGGCCCCUCUUCUUGUUGAUUCUAAUUCUGAUGACCCAGUAAAUCACAGAUUGGAUGAACGGAUAAUGCGCCCAGAUUCAGUUCUAAAGCAUUCAUCAAAGUGGGAGCAUGCAGACAUACUAGUUUUCAACUCUUACUUGUGGUGGAGACAAGGCCCUGUUAAGCUUUUAUGGAGUGCUGAAGAGAAUGGAGCUUGUGAAGAAUUAGACGGGUUAGGAGCCAUGGAGUUGGCUAUGGGGGCCUGGGCUGACUGGGUGGCUUCUAAAGUUGAUCCCCAGAAGAAACGAGUCUUCUUUGUUACCAUGUCUCCAACACAUCUCUGGAGCCGUGAAUGGGAACCUGGAAGUAAUGGAAAUUGCUAUAGUGAGAAGAUGCCAAUUGAUUGGGAGGGGUACUGGGGAAGUGGUUCUGAUAUGCCUACAAUGCGCAUGGUGGAAAAGGUUCUUGGCAGAUUGGGAUCAAAGGUUUCAGUUCUCAAUAUUACACAGCUUUCAGAGUAUCGUAAAGAUGGCCACCCUUCAAUCUAUCGAAAAUUCUGGGAGACAUUGAGCCCUAAACAGUUAUCGAACCCAAAAUCUUACUCUGAUUGUAUACAUUGGUGCUUGCCUGGUGUGCCUGAUGUCUGGAACGAAUUGCUAUUCCAUUUGUUGUAAAAGCAAAUGUACCUGUCCACAUUGCAAGUCAUUUUCUGUAGCAAUUGGGAAAGAAUCACUGUAGCGAUAUGUAUUUUGGAAAGGAAAUUGCAAAAAUGCUUGCCAAGGACGUCAUUCAUGAAAAGAAAAGCUUACAUAUUUUGUAA